CCGGCGUAUGCUGGAAGCCACUCGCUGAUUAUUCAGCUCUUGCGGUGCGGCUUGAGCCAGUGAGCCGGGUGGAGAUCUAUAUUUGAUCGCCACCGGAGAUUUUGGCAGGCCAAUUGAGCGUGUUGUGGACGACUUGGUUUCCGUCGUGAUGAGGGAAGAUGGGUACAUACUACGACCGAGCGUAGUCGUCGAACUAAUGUACGCUGUGCUGUGACUGUUAGCUGGAGCUGGGUCACUGAAUCUCGACCUCGACUCUCGAUCAUGACCUUCUUUGUAAUCUUAUAUCUGGGCCGUAACACCGCCUGACAUGGCACAUGACUUUCUCCAAUCAUUUUACACUAGAAAGCGUCGGCUCCGCCGACAUUCUGCCUUGCUAUCUGAUAUCAAAAUUAAUUCUAAUUUUUU